ACCAAGCAGUAGCAACUCCUACAACGCCGAAAAGAAAUGCUGGGAACUUGCUCUACUGAACCAGGCUGUAGCAGGCAGCGGAGGCAACCUCGGAGAAUAAGCAGGCGAGCGGUGCCCGAAACCGACACCAGGCCCUUCCCAGACAAGCCAAAAGAAAUGCUUCGUUCCACGGGAGGGGACGGCUGUUACGGCGACGACUGCGGCACCGUGUCCCAGGGCCACCCUCCGGACGCCCACCCGAGGACGCCGUGCCGGUGGGGAGAGGCCAGGCAUCGGUGCCGCUUCUGCCCUUACAGCCACAGCCAGAGAGUUCACCUGGCCAGGCACGAGAUGAAGCACACGGGAGAGAAGCCCUUUUGGUGCGACAUGUGUGGAAAGGCGUUCACGCGCAGCAGCUACCUGACGGUGCACCAGCGGCUCCACACUGGCGAGCGGCCCUACACCUGCGACACCUGCGGGAAAAGCUUCGUCGGCUCGUCCAGCAUGCUGGCUCACAAGAAGCUACAGGCCUGCCAGCUCUACAAGUGCCGGCACUGCAGCAGGGCGUUUGCCCGCGAGGAAACGCUCGUCGUGCACAGCCUCUGUCAUAAUCAGGCCAAUUCUUGAAAAGGGGCAGUGCGGCGAUUUUGACUUUGAAAGAAUUUGCGGUUUGUAUUUUUCGGGUUCAUCUUGGUGCAAGUGAGGGAAAAUGCGCCACCUUCCCCCGAAACACUGCGAUUUCAAUUCAUAAUCGCGAAGGAAAACAUUUUUUUUCUGGUCUGUUGCCAUGUGUGGCAGUUGUCGGGACUACAGUGUGACGUUUUUCGGAGUGAACGAGUUUUCGUGUUGCCAUCUAUCGGAAGUCAACAGAAACAUUUCCCCUCCGUCGCUAAGCAUUCCACCUUUUCCGUGGUGUAACCAUCUUUUGUCUCAAUCGCUCACCGCAACAUUCAGCGAUUCCAAGCGGGUGCAGUGCUCUAUCGUAGUCAAAUCUGGCUUUGAAAAGUUGAUGAUCGCGGAGGGAGGGUCAGGGCCAUGGAGGUAGAAUUGAACGUGGUGCACCGGGUGAUGGCACUAUGCACCUCGCUUAAACCUUCCGCUGUAAAACAAACCAAAAGAAUCGGCACCUGUACAUAGGAAACUCAAACUUUCGUUGAAUGUGGUCAGUUUUACCAUGUGAAAUUCUAAAGUGUAGUUUUCUUUGUGUAAAACAUCAGAGCAGAAAGCUUGCCAAAGUCGAAGUUGGGUGCAUUCGCCGACGACCAAGUUAGCGACACUAUUUACUUGUGGCGUCAUCUCCCGAUAGGUGCAGCGAGCAGACGACGCACUUUGUUGUCUGCUUGUUGGUUCUAUCGGGAGAUGGCACCUCAACUGAAUCUGCCUCAGUAGCUCGUUUGUGUAUGCAAAUUUCUGCACUUCUGAUGUUUAUUUUGUAUCGGAGAUUUCCAUUUUUUGUUUUUUACAGCUUUUAUUUCUUUUGACCUGGAAUAUUCAGGCUGAUUUGCGUCAUUUUCGGUUUUCUAGUUUACUAAUGAACUCUCCAGUUUAGUUUUUCACCCCAAACAUUCUAAAGCGAUAGGCUUUUACCUAGAAACACAUUGUAGAGAAACGUGCAUAUUAUGAAUAAAUUUUUAAAAUAUAGUUUAAUCACAUGGAACUCUCCUGCAUUCCUUCAAUAAUUUUUUAUUUUAUUUUGGGGUUCAGGUGGUUUUUAGCUUUGCAUUCUCUGAUUUAGGGGGAGACUUUCUUGCGGAUCUGUGCCAUUUCAUCGAAACGCAUUUCAUGGACAACUUUUUGUCAACGCACAUUACAUGGAUUGACGUUUUGUCGACACCACAACGUUUUAUAGAAAAUCUUUUUGUGGACAGAAGCUCCUGCAACGUUUCGUCGAUGAAAUGCUUUUUUUUUUUACCAAGUGAAUUAUAGAUUGGACUGCUCUCGAAGGAAGAGUAGUAAAUUGAAUGAUUCAUUCAUUUAUUCAUUUCGUUCACUGGAAGGUACUGGAACUAUAGUGAAAACAUUCCGACGGCUUUGCCUUUGCUUCGUCCAGGAAAAAUGGAAUAUAAUCUCAGGCCCAAGCUUGCACGAGGCCUCGUCGGAACUGCCAAGGGUUGGGCAAGCUAGACUAUAAUAUCUGGAUGCUGGUGACCGAGGCGGUAUGCGCGGAAAGACGCUUUUGACGGAAUGUUGUGAGCUUGGUUUGUUAUUGAAAGGAAUGCAGGAGCCUUUUGUUGAAAGGAUCUGUCUAUAGUUCGACAAACUAAUUGAUUCCGCUUUCUCGCACGUCAAUAAUCUGAAGUUUAUAGACGUAGUGUUCUUUGAUGUUCUGUACAGAACAUUUGCCUGUUGGUAUCGAUACAGCAAACAUGUACGUCUGGUGCAUGAGAGUGCUGUUAUUUAUGGAACAUGGUGUACCAUAGCCCAAGAUAACCCCCUUUGAUCAGGUUAUCUAGAAGUAGUCAAAAUAGUCCUAAUAUAUAAUUUUUUUAACUAAAAAUGUAGGGGGAAAAAGAAUUAGGCAGCACAAAGCUGUACAUGUGUAGUGUUUGUUUUGGCACUUUUUGCUUAUGUACUAACUUUCUCGGUAUUGUGGUUUGUUCUGGGAUGAUGGUCAGCAAAAAGGAUGUUGCAUGCCGUUUUGGGUAACGAGGAAUCUAAAAGUCUGGUUUUCUUUUUGGGAAUCUUGCCAGGUGAGCAUACUUUUGAUUUGGUCAGAUUGCUUGAAUUAUGUGUAGUCAAUACCGAAGUAUGUGCAUAAUUUCAUAUAUUAGAAUAUAUGUUAAGACUAUUUGAAUGUGUGCCUUUGUUCUUGCAUUAAAAUUUUUGUUCUGGCAUA